AUGAGACCUUUCGUAAAUUUACAGGCAUGGACCCUGGCCACCUUGGUUGGAUACAUCUCGGCUCUCGACAUUCUCGAGCAAACAAGUGGCGGUCUGUCCUACGAGCUGCUGAAUGUCACCUACUUCGCCAACGCCGCCCACCCACGCACCUCGCUGGCGGUUUCAGAAUGCGACGAGGAGAUCCAAGUGAUGCCCUUGACAGUCGUACUCACCAACCAGAGCGUCGUCACCGGCGAAGACGUGCAGACGAUCGUCUCAAGCUAUCUGGCCGACGACGACGUGCUGUCGCCGGGCUUCCUGCGCGCUGUCUACAUCACCUCGUCGGUCUCCAACGCCACGAUCGAUGCGACCGCUCUUCCAUACCUCCGUGCGCUAGGGAUGGAAACCGUCUACCUCGAUCUUCAUACUUUUGAGUCCAUUCCGACGGGAUUCGUCACCGCUGAGGACGCGUCGCUCGGGGAGCUCAUGCCCGGUCCCUAUACGGCGGUGGUCACACCCAAUGUUUUGGAGGUGCUGGACACCUAUCGACUCUAUCCUGACCUGUAUCGCACCUUCGUCACUGGUUCGUAUGACACGCAGGACGGUAGCGGCACCUUCCAAGCUCUGUCCCUGGCGUGUCCGCGACGCUGGGCGCCGCUGAUCCCCGUGCCCAGUCACAUCCCCUUCCGCCACGACCCCCGACCGUUGGCCGGCGUCCGAGUGGCCGUCAAGGAUCUGUUCGACAUGCGCGGACUGCAGACGUCGGCGGGCAGUCUAGCCUGGGUCCGGAUCACCCCCGUGGCGGCCACGACGGCGCCGGCGCUGCAGCGACUGCUCGACCAAGGCGCCGUGCUGGUGGGCAAAUACAAGCUGGCGCAAUUUGCCGGCGGUGGCAGUCCUUGGACCUGGAUUGACAGCCAGUCGCCCUUCAACCCGCGCGGCGACGGCUAUCUCACCUGUGCAGCGUCCUCGACGGGCGGCGGAUGUGCGGUGGCCGCGUACGACUGGCUCGACGCCGCUGUGGGCACCGACACGGCCGUCUCGAUGCGACGACCGGCAGCGGUGUCGGGGACGUACGGCAAUCGACCAAGUCAAGGCAUGAUGGCACUGGACGGCGUCGUGGCGCAGAAUUGGGCGCAGGACACGGCGGGCGUCUUUGCUCGCGAUCCUCGGCUGUGGACUCGGUUUGCCAAAGCAUGGUAUACCCCGGACUUGCACCAGGACUUGAAUGUUACGGGCCUGUCGCCGUUGAUCGUGUCGGACGACCGGACGUUUCCCACGCAGAUCCUGUAUCCCGACGAGUACUUUCCCCUGGCCAACCCGGCCGCUCAGGCGGUGGUGGACCAGUUCGUGGCCCAGAUGUCACAGCAUCUCCAUCUCACCACGCGUCGCAUCAACUUGACGCAGACGGUGGCCGACGGGUCGAUCUUUGAGGGAAGCAAUAACUGGGAUCGCAUCUUCAACGCGUCGUCGGUGCUCACGCUCUGGUCGCAGCAUGUGGCCGUGGCAGCACCGCUCCUAACGGCGUGGUCCCAGCUGGAGGACGGUCGAUUUCCGCCGGUAGACGCGCAGUGGCGACGCGAAUGGACGCAGUUAUUCGACCCCAGAAUCAUCAAUCAGACGGCCUACGAUCGAGCCCUGCGCGACAAGGCCCGGUCCGUCGAGUGGUUUGAGCGGAACGUGUUGCGGCAGACCGGGGCCUCGUGCUCGCAGUCGGUGAUGCUCUGCCAUGCGGCCAACGGCGGUCUUCCCAGCUUUCGCGAACAGGAGCUUAAUCAAGGACCCAAUGCGACGCUUCUCGGGGUGGCUCCGGAUCCGACCGCCAUGCCUUGCGACUUGGUCUGUGCAUUGUUUGGGUAA